GGCCCAGAGCGGCUUAGCACUAGGGUUUCCCCACCCCUCUUAGACCGCCGCCGCUUCAUCGGCGCGGAGUGUUCGUGCGAAGGCGACCCUCCCUCCUUCCCCGCCGCACUCCCUACCGCCGCCGACGCCAUGGUGAAGUACUCGCAGGAGCCGGGGAACCCUACCAAGUCGGCCAAGGCCAUGGGCAGGGAUCUCAGGGUCCAUUUCAAGAACACAAGGGAGACAGCUUUUGCACUACGCAAGCUGCCUUUGGCCAAGGCUAAGCGGUAUCUUGAGGAUGUUAUGGCACACAAGCAGGCGAUUCCCUUCCGGAGAUACUGUGGGGGUGUUGGUCGCACUGCACAAGCGAAGUCUCGCCACUCAAAUGGACAGGGACGCUGGCCUGUUAAAUCAGCCAGGUUCAUAUUGGAUUUGCUGAAGAAUGCUGAGAGUAAUGCUGAUGUGAAAGGUUUGGAUGUCGACAACCUCUAUGUUUCACACAUCCAGGUGAACCAAGCCCAGAAGCAGAGGCGCCGCACAUACCGUGCUCAUGGGCGCAUCAAUCCUUACAUGUCCUCACCUUGCCACAUUGAGCUGAUCCUUUCAGAGAAGGAAGAGCCUGUGAAGAAAGAGACUGACAACAUCGUCGCAGCAAGGAAGCAGUGAAGUAUGUAGGCUUGCUGAGCGAGGGUAUUCUGUGGAAGAAAUUAUAGCUGUAGCACUUUUAUGUACUCUUUCCACAGCUUUCCUAAGAUAUUUCUACUACCAAUAUUUUGAAUCCUGUUUGCCUAGUCUGAUGCUGUAUUGAGUGAUUGCGAUGUUCCGCAUCUGGUUCCUGAAUCACAUGAUGUCAAUGUCCUGAAACAAAACAUCAGAAUCGGGCAAAGUGACAUGUGAGGAUACACUGGUUGGUCGCUAAAACUUAUAUGAUCGUGCCGUGAAAAGUUGAAGGUGAGCUAGAGGAUGGUGUGCUUGAACCAGUUCCUGGCCUGCAUCAUGUCGAGGUAAUCCUGUUGGUCAUGAAGAGGAGCCACAGCAUGUGGAGGACGAAGAUUGACGCCACUAUAAACGUGGUGUUCUCCAUUGUUGUGUUCUUCAGCACCUGAGCCAUCUCAGCAAACGGUUUUGAUCUGUACCCUUUUGUGCACGAUUUGCAUGUUGAAUCCAUCCUUCUAUAGCCUUGCAAUAUUUUUCA